UUCAUCAUUGAGUGGGUUGGGUCUUUGGGCGCUUCCUUUGCCCAUUUCCAAGAUGGCGUCCACAGCUGUGCUGGAGAUACAGGUUGAAGCUGCAGCUCUGCCAUUACUCAAGAUGGCUGCCCCCAUCAAGAUGACCGGGGUGUGCCUAGGGGAAAGAGGCAGCAGGAUGGUUUGAGAUGGUCUUGCAUUGAACCGUAUGGAAGUUUCUGAAACUGGGGAGCCGGAUGAUGGGGGGUGGAGCCCGUGGGGGAUAGAGGGAGCAAUAGAUUUUUUCCCCAGCUAACCCCAACCCCUCCCUGUCCUCUGACUAAAAUGGGGAACACCCUGGGCCUGGCACCGAUGGGGACUUUACCCCGCUGGAGCCACCGUCGGGAGGAACCGCUGCCCAACCCCGGGAGCUUCGAUGAGCUGCACCGGUUGUGCAAAGAUGUAUUCCCAGCACAGAUGGAAGGCGUGAAGCUGGUUGUCAACAAGGUUCUGAGCAGCCAUUUCCAGGUGGCUCAUACUGUGCACAUGAGUGCCCUGGGCUUGCCAGGGUACCACCUCCAUACCGCCUAUGCAGGGGACUGGCAGCUUAGCCCCACAGAGGUGUUCCCCACUGUGGUGGGGGAUAUGGACAGCAGUGGCAGUCUCAACGCCCAGGUCUUGCUUCUGUUGGCAGAACGGCUGCGAGCUAAGGCUGUCUUCCAGACACAGCAAGCCAAGUUCCUGACAUGGCAGUUUGAUGGUGAAUAUCGAGGAGAUGACUACACAGCCACUCUGACCCUGGGAAAUCCGGAUCUGAUUGGGGAAUCAGUGAUCAUGGUUGCUCAUUUCCUGCAGAGCAUCACUCAUCGGCUUGUACUAGGAGGGGAGCUAGUUUAUCACCGGCGGCCAGGAGAAGAGGGAGCCAUUUUGACUCUGGCUGGGAAGUACUCAGCUCUUCACUGGGUAGCUACAUUGAAUGUUGGGUCAGGUGGGGCCCAUGCAAGUUAUUACCACAAGGCAAAUGAACAGGUUCAGGUUGGAGUAGAGUUUGAAGCAAAUACAAGGCUACAAGAUACAACCUUCUCCUUUGGUUACCACCUGACUCUGCCCCAGGCCGAUAUGGUGUUUAGAGGCUUGGUGGAUAGUAACUGGUGUGUAGGUGCUGUGUUGGAGAAGAAGAUGCGUCCCCUCCCUGUCACCCUAGCCCUCGGAGCCUUCCUCAAUCACUGGCGAAACAGAUUCCAUUGUGGCUUCAGCAUCACUGUGGGCUGAGGUUGUCCCGGAAGCAGCCUCUACAGCAGCUGGAACCUUUGCGUCUGAUGCCCUAGGGCCCGAGACUAACUAGGUCCCUCUCCAGAGCCUACCUUGCCGGAUGACUCCUAGGUCCCAUGGGCAGAGUGGGGGACAGGACGAUGUCCUCCUCAGAACUGGAACUGCCGCAGAAUCAUUUUUCCAGUCAGGCAGUGGGUUGAGGCUCCCAACACUGCCAUCAGCCCCAUUAUAAUUUCCUACAAGCUCUAUGGCUCUGGAGUAAAGGAGAAAGACUAAGGG